CUACGCGACGUCAAGGCCACUCGUAGGACAGAAUGUUGCGAGCGUUAUACGCUUACCCUGGUCCUUUCCCAGGAACUUUAAAGUUCUCUCAGAAUGAAAUUUUCUUAGAUAUUCGUGAAGAAAAUCAGGAUUGGCGUUUGGUUUCUAGGACAGAUGGGACUUUAGGUUGCGUUCCAUCAAAUUUUGUCGUAAAAUACGAGACUGAGGAUGAAAACAUCAAAGUUGAGUGUGCUAGAAAUGCAUUAGUCAACUUGUAUGAUAAAACAGUAGAAAUUUGGGGGAAGGAGGAUUUGCUUAGACGUUUGUUGCAGAUAAGCGGAGACAAACGCAUGGAUACAAUAGCACCUGACGAUGUGAAAUCAUCUGGAGACUUUUCUGAGCUAAAGAUAACUGAUCCUAAAGAACGCAUACCUCAAGCAGAAACAAAGUCUGACAAAUAUACACCAACUGAAAGAAAUAUUAUUUUACCAAAGAAUUUCGAAUACCGUCUACUGGACACAAUAAGACUUGCAACAAAUUGUUCUUAUUCAGAUUGUGGACUUGUCUAUUCCGCAUUGAUGGGUAUGCUAUCCUGUGUAAUACCAGGGAUGAAAGAAAAUCUUCAAGCCGAUAAAAAGUCAACAGAUGUGGUGAAAACAGAAGAGGAGUACUCACAAAGUCCAGAUUGGUGGUUUCUUAAGAUUAAAUUUCGUUUCUUUGAAUCACGUCAAAGUAACGAUCAAGAGUGUAAUUGGCGGUUACACGAUGAUCAAUAUGAUAUUCUUGAACGGUUGAAUGAAUUAAUCACCUUACUGGAAAGAUCAGAUCAUCAAUUAGUUGUCUGCUAUCUUCGUGUAGUUGAAUAUCGAUCAGUUCGUGCGCUUAUCGGUUUAUAUCAACGUGAAACAAAUCAAGAAAUACGCGGCAAAUUGCUCAGAUGUAUUGGAAUAUGUUGUUCUUUAGAUUCCGCCUGUAUUCAUAUCUGUCUUGAGUCAGUUCUUCCUGCUGAACUGGUUCGAGAAAUACGAUGCACUACAGAAGAGGAAAUUCCACAACUUGCUUUAAGAUUACGAUUUUUGUCCAUGUUGAUUGCGCGUUCACCAAGCCUUCCUGUGGAUUUAUCUACAUCUCUUGAUCGAGAACUUUUCGGUCAUUUGAUGAAAUUAUGCGAUUCAACAAGUUCAACUAAUUCAACUUUAAUCGAUUUAGAAAAUUUUACUGAUCAUCGUGAACUUUCAACUACAAACAAUAAUAAUAAUAGUGCUGAUGGUGAUAGUGGUAAUAAUAAUAAUAAUAUGAAUAUAAAUAUCAGCAACUCUAAUGAACAAAGUCGUCAGUGUGAAAUGCUUUCAUACACAGUAACAGUAUUUUUCUUAGCGUGUAAUUGGCAUUUUAAUAGUUCAGUCUACACCAUAAAUUCUCCGUCAAAAAAUGAUCCCACUGAUUCUGUUUGUGUUAAAAAUUCACUAUUGGAAGCAUUGCUCAGUGAAUCAAUAUCAUCUCGUCUAUUCCUUGAAAUAGUCAUUCAAACAUUCAAUCGUAAUUUCGACCCAACAUUUAUGGUGACUUUUCUUCCAAAGCAUAAAAAUGAUGACAGAGAAAGUUGUCUAAUCCAAUGGGUUAACUAUUGUCAAUCCACUGUUCAUGACAGCUGCAUUGAUGAUACAUCUGUAUCUACUACUACUACAGCUAAAGGUUUCGAGGAGUUUUUGCAAGUAUUUGAAGCGAAUUCACGCGCUGACCCUAAUACUCAUAAUGAUUUAGAAUAUAUUGAAAGUCUGUGGAAUUCUAAUCUAGGCAGUCGUCAUGCUAGUAGUAAAGAGCUGAUGAUUGACACCAAGCCAGUAUUGUCUAAUCAUCAUGUCAAUUCUUCAACAGCUACGCCUACAAAUACUGUCAUCAAAUUCCUUUGUGAUUUAUUCUACUCUCCGGAUACUUCAGCGCUAAUCUAUCAUAAUGAUUUUGAAGUGAUUAUUGAAGUGAUCAAUCGACAAUUACGUGAUUUAGAACCUGAUUCUGAGGAUUUACCUCAUUUCCUGUUACUCUUGGGCAUCAUGUCAACCAGUUCAUGUCUUACAGAAAGAGAUUCCGCGAAAAUUCAUGAUACAAUCGAUGCAUUGAAAUCAAUUAUCCAAUCAGUAUCACAUAGUACAUCGUGUAAAACACUUGCACUGGCUGUAUGUAAACGAUUAAAUACUAUUGUGCAGUCAUUCACUAAACAAUUGUAGCCAUUACCCUUACUAUUAUUAUUAUUAUUAUUAUUAUUAUUAUUAUUAUUAUUAUUAUGAUUACGUAAGCACUUUUAUGUCAUAAGUAGUACAUUAUUAUUAUUAUUAUUGUUAUUACCAAUACCACAACAUUCCAUCUGCAUUAAGUUUUAUUCAUUAUUCAUUGAGAGUUUAUACAUUCAAACUAAAAUAAUAAAAAAAUUCGGAUAAAUUUUU